AUGGCUACAGCACCGAACUUGUUAGAAACACUGGGCAACUUAGAGAGAGAUUCAUUCUUAUCUCUUCUCUCCAACCUCAUUGGUGAAUCCAUACACGUGCAAAACAAUCCACCGGAACUCAUUCCUCGAGAGGAUAGAGUAGUAAACCAUGUCUUAAACUCACUCCUACCGUUCAGCACCACCACCGGCGGCGGUCCCUUAAUCCUCAACCAUGUCACCUAUUUUCCCGGCAGAGGUAACCUCAUCGUCGAGUACCCCGGAACAGUUCCCGGCAAGAUUCUCUCCUUUGUUGGCUGCCACAUGGAUGUUGUUACAGCAAAUCCCAAAGAUUGGGAUUUUGAUCCAUUUACUUUGAGCAUCGAUGGUGAUAAGCUUAGGGGUCGUGGAACUACGGAUUGUUUAGGACAUGUGGCACUUGUUACUGAGCUCAUGAGGAAGCUUGGUGAAACAAAGCCGAAUUUGAAAUCAACUGUUGUGGCGGUUUUUAUAGCGAACGAAGAGAGUGGUGUUGUAACUGGAGUUGGUAUUGAUGCACUUGUUCAACAUGGUCUUCUCAAUAAGCUAAAACAAGGUCCCAUGUUUUGGAUCGAUUCAUCUGAUAAACAACCGUGUAUUGGAACUGCUGGUAUGGUAGUUUGGAAACUUCAUGUCACCGGGAAACCUUUUCACAGCGGAUUAACUGAUAAGGCUAUAAAUCCACUAGAGCUAGCCAUGGAUGCGAUAAAGGAAAUUCAGCUUCAAUUUUACAGGGACUUCCCACCACAUCCUCAGGAACAAGUUUAUGGGUUUCCAAUCCCUUCCACCAUGAAACCAACCCAAUGGAGUUAUCCUGGAGGUGGAAUUAAUCAAAUUCCAGGGGAAUGUACUAUUUCAGGAGAUUUCAGGUUAACUCCAUUCUACGAUGUGAAAGAUGCGAUGAAGAAGCUUCAAGAAUACGUGGACGAUAUUAAUGACAAUAUACAAAAGCUAGAAUCUCGAGGUCCAGUUUCAAAAUAUGUCCUACCAGACGAAAACUUAAGGGGGAGACUUACUAUAACUUUUGAUGAGGUUUUACCCGGAGUUGCAUGUGAUCUUAAUUCGAGAGGCUUCCAUGUUUUAUGCAAAGCAACAGAGGAAGUGGUUGGACAUGUAAAGCCUUUCUCAGUUACCGGGAGUUUGCCUCUCAUUCGGGAACUUCAGGAUGAAGGUUUUGAUGUUCAGUCUUGCGGCUAUGGUUUGGCGGAAACUUACCAUGCCAAGAAUGAGUAUUGUCUUUUUACAGAUAUGUCUCAAGGAUACCAGGUAUUGGGGAGAAUCAUCACUCAAUUAGAGGAUUGA